AUGAUUAACACUUAUUUAUAUGAAUUCUGUGAUAAUUAAUUAGAAAAAGAAAGGAAUUUAAGUGGAUAUAUAAAAUUAUCUUAAUUUAUAAUCGCUUACUCAUAAAAUUUUAAUUAUUUGAACAUAAAAGAUUAAUCUUAAUUAAGAGGAGGAGGUUGUGGUAACUUAAAAAAAUAAAAUUCUGAAUCUUUCAAAGUACCUAUCAAUUUUGCAAAUUUAUUAAAACGAUAUGCAAUUACAAUAGAAGAUAAAGCUUUGACAUUUUAAGAUAAAUUUUAAAGAGAUGAAGGACUAAUUGCUUUUUUGUGGUUUCAAAAUAAUCGAAUUAAUUUUAAUUCACUCUGUUAAGAUGAACAACUUUGUUAACAAUAUUCAGAAUUACUUCUUUUUAUUUUAGAAAAAAUUUUGAAAUCUGCAGUUCAAUAUUUAAAAGUUUCAGGAUUUCUUUUUCAUCAAAUUUUAUAAAUAUGUAAUGAUAUAUUACGUGUACAUUUUUCUUCAUAAUAAAAGAAUAAUGAUAGAUAUCUUGAUUAAGAUAAAAAAACAUUGUUUUUAGGUAUUAUUGCUGAAAUUGAAACUUAAAUAGAUAUUGAAUCCUAAAAUAUUUGGAUGAAUGGAAUUAAAUUUGAACUUUAACUGAUAAAAACUUGUUUAUCACAUUGCAGAACGAAUUCUGAAAAAGGAAAAGAAUUGUUUGUAGGUUUACUAAGUGGUAUUGUUUCAUCAAUUACUUCUCUUUAACCAAGUGAAGAAUUAAUUUAAUCUCUAAUUGAUGGAGCGAAAUUUCUAUUAUAAAACUUUUAUGAUUAAAAAAUCUAACAUCCUCUUAAAAAAUAUGAAGUUUAUUAUUUUUUUGAAAACUUAAAAUGGUAAAUAAUUAGUUAAGUGUAAUUAGGAUUUUCAGUAUAAAAUAUUAUUAAUUAACUUGAAGAUGGUUAUAUGAAAUAUAUAAAAAAAUCAAAAGAAUGGAUGAUUCAUUAUUGUUGGAUAUCUAUGAUUUCAGAUUUACUUAGAUAUAGACCUAUUAUUCAUAAAGAUGAUAUUAAAAAAUAUUCUUUUAAUUAAAAAACAAAAUAAGAUAUGUGGAAUCAAUUAAUUCAAGACAAAAUGAUAGAAAUAUUACCAUAUGAUAAGAGUUUAGCAAGAGUAAGAAUCUUUAUAGAUGAAACAAGUCAUUUAAAUUUGUUUUCUGAAAUUAAACUUCUUUAGGAAUAUUUAUUAAAUGAAAAUUCUCUCAAAAUGAAACUAUUACCUUAAUAUAUAAACUUUGAAUUUGAUAACAAUGAAAAUUAUAAAACUGAUGAAAAUGAUGAAAUUAUAUAAAUGUUAUUUAAUAAUUAAGAAUCAGAAAUUAUUAAUAAACUUAUUUCUAUUCUUGAUCUUGCAAAACAAAAAUUAAAAGUCUCAAUCAUUUAGAUCUUUGAAAAAAUUUAAAAAUUUUUUUCCAAAGAAAAAUCUUCUGAUAUCAUAAUAAGAAUAUUGAUAUAAGACAUUUCAUUAUUAAUUAAAAGUUCUAAAAAAUUAAUUUUGAAAAUUUAUUACAUCUUUUUGGAACUAGAAGUUUAAUUUUUUAAAAGCAGAGAAAAAAAUUAAAUAUUAAGUAAAUUUCUUUAAUUUAAUUAAAUUACAAUUGGAGAUGAAUUUACAAAAAAAUUUUAAAUUUACACAGAUGAAGAUAAAAAGGUAGAAGAACAAUUUUAGUAGAAUUUUUUAUAAUAAAUUUUGAAAAUUUCUAUUGAUGUUCUAGAUUAUUUGAUUUUUUGUAAAACAAAAUUAUAACAAGCACAUACUAUUGAACUUAGUAAAGAAGAAAUAGAGAAAAAAUAAAGUCAAAUUAAUUUUUAAAAUUUAGAGACAUCAAUUACUAAUUAAUGUGAGUUAGCUUAAACCAUAAAUUAAUCUAUACGAAUUUUUAAGUUAUAAAUUUAAAAACAUUUAUAAGCUAAAGAGGCUAAUUUUAUUUUGAAUCAAAAUAUGAGUUUAGAUUAAUUUAAACAUAUCUUUUUUUCAAUUUACAAUUCAAAUCUAUUAAUAAAAUUUCUUGAAGUAUUUAAUAAUUUAUUUUAAUAAGUGUAAUAGAAUCUCAGACAUGAUUUAGACUCAUAAAUCUAAAAUACAAAAACAAUUUUAUUUUUAAUUUUAAUUCAAAAAUUUUAAAGAAGAAUAAUUACAAUUUAAAAAAUAAAAUUUAAUCAAUUAAAUGAACAAUUAUCAAAUGAAAUUAAAGAAUUAAAAAAUUCUUAAAAAAAAGAAUCAAAUGUAGACCAAGUAAAAAAAGAAAUUUCAGAAAAUGUUUAUAAUUAAAUUUUAAAAUAACAAUAAAUGCUCUCAGAAUUAUUUACAAAUAUUCUUAAUUAAACCUUUGAAUAAAUUUAAAAAUAAAAAUUAAUCUCAAAAUUAAAUGAAGAUAUAUUUUUUUUUUAAAGUAAGUAUCCUCAUCAUCCUGAAUCUAAAUAAUUUAUUUUAUUAUGUGAAACUGUAAAAUUAAAAUUAACAUAUUUUUAAUAAAGUAAUUUUUAGGAGGAAACCCAAAAAAAAAUUUUAUAAUGUUACAAUUCUUUUUUAAAUAAAAUUAAAGAUUCAGCUCAAACUGAAAGUACAAUAAAAAAUUCGAAUAUUUAAUAAAAAGAAAAUUAUAAAUAAACAUUAAAUAUUUAAUAACUUAAUUUGUCUAGAUUUAUUAGUUAUUUCAAACAUAAAAUAAAUGAGAUUGAUUAAAAAAUUGCAUUACUUAAGUAAAUAUUUGAUCUAAUCAUCAAAUUUUCAAAUAAUGCUAUUGAAAAUCAAAAUUAAAAAGAAUAAGAUUAUAUAUCACUUAUCAAAACAUAAGAAAUAGAUACUAUUAUAGAAUUAUUUACACACUUAAAUAUAAAAAAGGAAGAGGAAAAUUUAGAAUUAUUAGAGUUUAAUAAUAUAGUUUUGGAUGAAAAUAAUUCUAAUAAUUUUAGAAAAACUUUAAAUUAAAUCAAUACUACUGAACCAUUAACUAUAGAACCGUUUUCAGUAUAUUUAUUUUUAUUUGAUAUAAAUAUCAAUAUAACUUCAUUUUUAGAGAAGAAUUUAGAAAUUUAAAUAGAUGUAGAUCAAACUUUUUAAGAUCUUAUAGUUGAACUUAAUUAGGAUGACACAUAAAAUUAGCAAUAAUCCAUAUUCAACACUCUCAAAGAAAAAUCUCUUAAAGUAAGAGAUUAUAUUUCACAAAAUUUAAUCAACUAAUCUUACAAAGUGCGUGAAUGUCUUGUUUUUAAUCUCAUUGUAAUUUAAAAUGCUGUUUAAGAAAACUAAAUAUAUUUAAAAACACAAUAACUUAUUAAACAAGUAUGGAUAUAAGAAAAAGAUUCAAAUGUCAGAAGCAUAUUAAAAAAUUAGGAAUUGUUAGAGAUGCAAAAAUAAUUAUUUUCAAAAGAUCUAAAAUCAUUUGCUUUUUUAAUUUAAUAAGAUUUUGAGAAUUCAAGAAAAAAGAUUGAGGAACUUGAAGAAGUUCUUUUAACUGAAGAUAAUAAAGGAGAAAUUUAAAGCCAAAUUUAAUAGGCUUAUUAAGAUUUUGAGAAUAAAUUAGAAAAUAUAAAUGAUAUGUCUUAAAAGUUGGAUAUUAGUUUGAUAUUUCUAAAAGAUAUUAGUAAAGAUUUAAAAAAUCUCAAAAUUAAGAUGGAUAAAUUAUUGUCUUAAGUAAAUUCAAUUGAAAGUGAUAUAAGAAUUUUAAGAGGAAAGCAUUUUUCAGAAUUGUUACGAAUUAGAAAAUAAAAAUUAUUAAGAACAAAAGUCGAAAACUAAAUAGAUUAAAUUCAUAUUGAAUUAGAAACAUAAGAAUAUGAUCCAACAAGUGGAAAAAAAAAAGAUGAAAAAUCCUUUUUAUUUUAAAAAAAAUUUGAUGAUUUUUCUGGGGAAAUCAAUGAAUUUUUAUGGGAUCCUAAAGAGAGAAAUAAGGAUAUAAUGUUAAUAAAAGGAAAAGCUGGUUCUGGAAAAAGUAGAGCUGCAAAAAAUGUUGAAGAAUAUAUUUGGAUGAAUGAUUAACAAGAACCUAAUUGGAUACCAAUUUAUAUAUCUUUACCAUAAAUAAAAUAUCCUUAGCAUAAUUUAAUUGAUUAAGGUUUAGAAACAGAAAAUUAUAAAUUUGAUAAAAUUUAAACAAGGGAAUUUAAAGAUGCAAUAAUUAAAGGAACUCUAAAAGUGAUUUUUAUUUUAGAUAGUUAUGACGAAAUGAAAUCAGAAUUAAUAGAAUCAAAUUUAUAUUUAACAAAUAGAUUCUUUUAAGAAUUUGAACUCUUAAUCACAGGAAUAAAAAUGAAAUUUAUUAUAACAACUAGAGAAGAAAUUUUAUCUUCUAUUGGAUAUUAAACAUGGUUUUAUGGAAGCAAAUUAGAAAAUCUUAAGGAAGUAGAGUUACUUCCAUUUAAUAGUAAUUAAAGUAAUGAAUAUAUUAAAUAAUACAUAACACUUAGUGUAAAAAGAACUGUUAAAGAAUAUUAUGAAUACUAUAAUUAAAUUUAAGGUCGAAAUUUUUCAUAUUCUGAAUAUUCAUCUAUUUGGUCUUAAUUAGAACCAAUUUUUUAUAAAUUAAGAGAUUUAGAAUUGAAUUAAAAUUUAAGAUUAAAGAUAUUUUCAGAGACUACUGUAUAAAUUUUUAUUUCUGCAAUAAAAAAAGAUAAUUGUUUAAAGAAUUUAAAUAAUAAAUAGAUUUUAUCAAUGUAAAAAGAAUUACUUUCACUUUGGGGAGAAGAAUAAUUUUAAAGAACCAUUAAUAAUGCACAAAUAAGGUAAUUAUUGACAACUCCUUUUAUGAAUGAGAUUAUGGUUCAAAUAAUCCCUAAAAUGGCCUAAUAAUAUUCAUCAGCUGAAGUAAUAAAAAAUAUCUUAAUUAAAAAUUAUAAGAAACUAAAGUUAUACUAAAUUGAGUCUAAUGAAAUUCGAGAUCUUUAAGAGAUUUAAGUUAAAAAUUUUGAAGCUUAUUAAAAAAAUAUAUAACAAUAAUAAUUAAAGGAUGAAUAUAGAAUAAAAAAGAAUUAGCUUGAUUCAGAUUUAAAGAAUAUUUUAAGGAGAUUGGAUGAUAAUAAUUUUUUUGAGAGUUUUUCAAUAUCUAAUAUUAUAGAUUUUUAAGAUAAAGAUACAUUAAUAUCUAAUUAAGAAAUGAUUACUUUGCCUAAUGAAGCUGAAUUAAUUUCUUAAGCAUUAAAUUAUAAUUAACUUACCCCUUAUGAUUUCUAUUGUAUGUUUAUAAACUACUAUCAUAGUUAGCAAUUAUUAAAGUAAAGAGAUUAAGGUUCAAUAAAAAAUUUGGAAAGUAUUAUGAUCGAUAUAUAGGAUUUUUCAACCUAUUUGGCUUUAGAUAUGUCUUUAAGAGAAAUGAGUUCAAUUAAUUAUAAAUAAAAGGGAAAGCUUGAUCUUUAACAUACAAAAGAUGAUGGUAAAUAACAUGGUUCAUGGGAAGAUUGCUAUUUUAAUGAACAUCUUUCAGAUUCUGAAUAUAAAUAAUUUAUUAGAAAAUGUAGCUUAAUUUAGAGUAAAGGAAGUAACCAUUCUUUUAAUCAUAAAUCUAUUUAAGAGUUUUUUGUUGCUUAAUAUAUUUUGCAACUUUUUGAAAGUAUACAAUUAUAAAAUAUAGAUAAUUAAAGUUUGAAUGUAUCAAAUAAUGAUUUAAAAAAAAUUGAGAAAAGUUUUUACAAUAAGAUUUAAUUCAACAUUUCAUAAGAUCAUUAUUAGGGAGCAAUUUCUCUUUUAAAAGAAAAGCUUAAACACAUAGAAAAUAUAAGACAAAAAUUAAUUUAUUUUGUAUAAUUGUCUAAAAUAGAUACUUAAUAUGUAUUCAAAAGAGCUGCAUCUAAUUCAAUGUAACUUUUAAAUAUUUUAGAUGAAUAUCUUGGAGGGUUGGAUUUUAAUUCAAUAAGUUUAUCAGAUAUUAAAUUAAAUGGAUUAAGUUUUAGUGGUAGUGAUUUAUCAAAAACAAAUUUUGAAAAUGUCUAAAUAGAUGCUUGUAAUUUUAAUGACUGCAAAAUGAUUGAAGCUAAAUGGAAUAAUAUUGUUUGUAAAGAGUAACCUUUUAUUAAGGCUCAUGAUAAUUAAAUAAACUUUUUUUAUUUGAAUAAUGAUGAAACUAAAAUUGUUACAAUUAGUGAGGGAACACUCAAAUUAUGGCAUUAUGAAGAUGAUUAAAAUAAAUUGAAAAUUAUAAAUGAAGCUUAACAUAAUUUUAAGUAGGUUUUCUCAAUUUACCUAUUCUCAAGAUUAGACUAAAUAAUAUUUCACUAUUAAAAAGAUGAUCCAAAUAUGAAAUAUUUUUCCUUAUAAUCUACUGAUAAAAAUUCAAAUGAAUAAUUUCCAAUAAUUAUCAGCUAUUUAUGUGAUAGAUAUGCAGUUAGUUAUGAAGAAUAAACUAUAGCAUUUGUAAUUAAUGGAGAAUUGCAAUUAUUUAAACUAAACGAUUUAAAAAAUGCUUUAUCAUAUCCAAAUAAUACAGUCUAAGAAUAAAACAUAAAUUCAAUAGCUAUAUCCAUAGAUUAAAAUAUUUUAAUAUCUGGACAUCAUAAUGGAUAGAUUAAUAUUUGGGAUAUUUCUAAUCUAUAAAAUAUUAAUAAAAUAUCAACUAUAAGAGAAAACUAAAAUGAUGUUGCUACAUUAGUAGAACUUUCAGAAAAAUCUCAUUUAUUAGUCACUUCUUCAAAUUAAGCAAUUAAAAUUUGGAAUAUUUAAUAACCAUAACACAUCAAACAAACAUUAUAGAUGGAAUUGUUUGAUUCACCAUUAUAAAUGGUUUUUUCAAUUUCAGGAAAUACUUUAGCUUUAAGAAUGAAAAAUUAUAUUAUGAUUUACAAUAAAUCAUAUCCCUUUAAAUAAGACUACAAUAAAAAAAUAAUAAAAAUUCAAUAAGAAUAAGUUGGUUGUGCUGCCAUAUCUCCUAAUAGUAAAUGGAUGGCAACAUUUAGUUCGGGUUUUGUAGUAUUAUGGAAUAUUGAAUAUUAUGAUAAUAUUGUCUAACUAAAUAAAUUUGAGGUUCCAAAUGGACAGAUACUUUUUGUUUUAUCUUUUUCACCUGAUGGCAAAUUUUUAGCAGCAAAUAGUGCUAACAAGUUAUUUAUAUGGAAUACAACAAAUUUUAAUUUAAUUAGAGAAACCAAUUUAAUCAAAAAUGCUUAAAAAGAAUUCUUUUAAGGUAUUAUUUUUUCUUCUGAUUAAAAAUUCUUGAUGCUUUAUUAUGAUAAUUGCAUAACGUAUUUAGAAAUUUAAAAAAAAGGAUCUAGAUUAUUUUAAUUAAGUAUUUAAUUAAAUUAUGUAUGCAUUUCUAAAAAUGAUGAGUUAACUUUUUGUUGUACUAAUUAAAAAAUUGAAAUAUGGAAUUUUCAUACUUUUAGUCUUAUAAAAAUCUUGAUUUUUGGAAAUAUUUAAAAAAAUGAUGUUUUAAUCACUUUUAGCUUAUCAGAAAAUGAUAAAGAAAUGAUUUGUAUUUUUUAAUCAUCAAAUUAAAUAAGAUUUGAUAUUUACUAAUUAGAUGAUUAAUUUAAUCAUAAAUUGAAAUAAAGCUAAAGUUUAAUAAUUGAAAAAACAAUCCAAAAUCUUUUAAUUACUAAUAUUGAAGGAGGAAUCUUUGUGGAUUAUUUAAACUACAUACUAAAUAGUGAAUUUAUGCCUUUUGAGAUAAAAAUAACAAUAUCAGGAUAGGCUGUAUUUUAAAUUUCUAAAAAUAAAUAAUUUUGUUUAAUUCAAAAUAAUAAUAGUUGUUUAAUUAAAGUUUUUGAAUAAAAAAAAUAAAUAUUAUUCUAUAGAUGUGAAGACUUAGCUAUAUCUAAUAAUGAAGAUUUAUUAGCUGUUGCUACUGAUUAGGCAUUAUUAAUAAAUCUGUAAAAUCAAAAUAUAGUAUAUUCAAAUAAAUAAGAAGAUUUUAAAUGUAUAUGUAUUUGUUUUUCAUAAAACAAUGAACUUUUAGGAAUGGGUUUUUCAUCUUAAAAAAUUUUAAUAAACCAAAUUGAUGAUAUUGAUAAAAUUGUUGAAAAAUAUAUCAUUCUUUGCAAUUCUAAUCCUAUUUCUAUAAGGUUUUCUAAUAAUUAAAAUUAUCUUUUUGUUAAUUAAGUUAAUAAUAUUAAUUAUUUUGAACUCAAAAAUGAAUAAAAAUUUAAAGUUUUAUUGACAAAUUAAUCUCAAAACUUUAAUAAGCAAUUUUUAUUAGAAAAAUAAUAAAAAAGUCUUUUUUGCAUUUAAGAUAAUAAACUUUGUCUUUUAGAAGUUGAAAAAGAUUCGAGAAUAUAAUGGAUUGAACAUUUAAAGUAAAGAGAAAUUAAUUGUUGUCAUUUUUCAGUUGUCUAGUAAAAAAUACUAGUAAUAGGUAGUUUUUAUCAAUAAUAAAUUAUUCUAAAAAAAUUUAAUGUAGAAAGUAAAACAUAAGUUGAAAAUAUCGAAAUUGAUAUUUAAUGCAAUUGUGAAGGAGAUAUUCUAUUUAAUAGAGAGGAAACCUAGAUAAUGUUUUCUCAAGGACAAAUUCUUAGAUUAUAAGAUAUUAAAGAGAAAAAUAAGUUUCUUUUUUCAGAUAAAAAUAAUACAAAUAUAAAAAGUUAUUAAUUUUCAACAGAAUGCUAAUUGAUAGUUUCAAAAGAUGCCAAUUCAAAUGUGUAAUUAUGGGACAUAAAAUCAUUUAAAUUAUUAGCAGUAUUAAAUAACUAUCCACAUAUAAUUUCAAAUUUUGCUAUUACAUAAAAAGGAACUUUGAUUUAUUCAUUUGAUCAAAUGAUUAAGAUUUGGAAUAUUUAAGAUUUAAAGCAAUAGUACUCAACAGGAAAUGGUCAUAAAGGAGAAAUUAAAUAUUUAAAAGUAUCCAAUGAUGGGAAGGUUUUAUUAUCAUAUUCAAAAUCGAAAGAAUUAUUCAAAUGGAAUCUAAGUACUCUUUAGGAAAUAGAGAAUAAAUCUUUAGAAUUAAUUGAUUGCCCAUGUUUUUCACAUGAUGAUAAUUACACAUUAUUAAGGCUUGAUAAUAAAGAUUGUUUGAUAGAAAAGAAUAAUAUUUUUAAUAGUAAAUCUUUUAAAUAUCGUAUAGGAUUCACUUAAUGUAUCAAUCUCUAAUUAUAUCUUCCUUCUAAUAUUUUGUAUAGUAGUCAUAAAGAUAAGUCUCUUAUAGUUUGGAAUUUUGAUGUAUUGUAUAAUUAUCAACCAAAAGAUAAAGAAUAAUUAAAAUCUAAAAAAUCUAAAAUUAUCAUCUCACCAGAUCGUAAUUACAUAAUAAAUAUGGAAGAAGGUUUAUUUAAUAUAAUUGAUAAUAAAUUGACAAAAUCUUAAUUUGAUGAUGUUAUUUAUAAUAAUGGGAUGGUCUUCUCUAAAGAUUCUAAUUAUUUAGCAAUAGAAACUUUUAAUAAUUAAAUAUAAAUUUUAUCAUUAUAAAUGAGAAAUAAAUCAAUCAUUUAAAUGUAAGAAAAAAUUAGAAGUGAUGCAAUGAUAUUUUCUAGUGAUAAUGAAUAUUUUUUUUCUUUUUCAUCAAAGUUCAUUCAAAUUUGGAAUUGGAAAAAUGAAUAAAUGCCAUCUUAGAUUUUUCACUUAUAGAAUCAAUUUACUGAAGAUUAAGUGCUUUUGGGAGUUGUAGAAAAUCGAUAGGAUGAGAUUAGCCUUAUAUUUUUUUCUCCAAAAUUAAAUUAAUUAUAAAUUUCAAUUAUUUAAAGCCAACCUUAUUUUGCUAAAGUUAAAUCAUUUAAUAGAUAGAUUAAUAAAAAAGUAGGAAAUUUAUUAGAUCAUGUACAAUUAGUAUAUUGUAUGCAAAAUAAUAUUUUGGCUAUUUAAAACUAAUAAAAUAUUUUAUUAAUAAACUUUUAAAAUGAUAUAGACUACCCUUUAUUAGAAGGAUCAAAUAUAGAAUCUCAAUACACUUCACAAUUAUCUUUCACUUCUGAUGGUAAAUUUCUUAUUUCCAUAGGUUUGGAUGAUACUUUAAGAUGUUGGGACUUAUCAAAUGAGAAGGAAUUUAAACUAUUUGUCUUUUCUAAAGAAUAUUAACGAUUAAUUGCAUUAAAAUUUAUUGAUAAUCAAUAAAUAAUGAUAGUAACUAAUCUGUUAAAUAUAAUAAUAAUAAAUAUAAAAGAUCUUUAAGAAAUGGCAAAAAUUUAAUUAAAAAAUUACUAUAUAGAAGAGUUUUUUAUUAAUAAAAAUAAAAUAUUAUAUGGGCUUACAAAAAAUACUUAAAAAGAUCAUUUAAAACUUUAGAAAAUUGAUUCAGAUGAAAUUAUCCAUUCUUUCACUGAAAGUAUCGAUCGCCUUGAAAUUUCUGAUGAAAAUUAAUUCUUGUAUCUUCAAAAAGGUUAAAUUAUUCUUAUUGAAAUUAACAAAUAAUAGAAUUAUUAAAGUUAAUUUAUUAAACAAUAAGAUGUAAAACGAUUUUUUGUUUCACAUGAUAAAUAAUUAAUUGCUACAACUAAUUCAAAAUAAUUAUGUUUAUGGAAUAUAAAAACCAAAGAAGAAAAGUUAAACAUGGAUAAAUUUGAUUGUGAGAUUAUGGAAAUAUACAUAACUAAUUGCAAAGACAAAUUGAUAUUAGGAAUGAACGAUGGGUCUAUUUAAAUUUACAAUAUUCAUGAAAAACAUUUAAAUUAGUAAAUUCAUCCAGUAUGUUUUAAAGUAUUUUCUAAAGGUCCACCUCUUAUGGCUUUAAAUUGUUAGAUCACAGGAAGUACAAUUAAAACUAAAGAUAAAGAUUUGGAGCAAUUUUUUUUAUAAAAAGGAGCUAAUAAAAAAUGA